ACAUAACGGGUUCCAAGGUUGUGUGUAACAUCAAAAUGGACUCUGCUUAGUUGACGGUGGUUGACGGUAUUGACGGGCGGAUUGGGCUGGGAGCUGAAACAUCACAAUACAAUCCAAUACAAAACACUAAUAAAUAACAAUAUACACACAUACAAAACCGGACAUCACCAUGGGCGGUUAAAAAAAGUUGAGUGUUGAUCUUUGUGCCAAAAAACACCAUGAUUCCAUCAAACAGCUCAAAAUUAUAUUGUCUUACGCACAACAAUAACACAAUUGUCGUCCGACACGAGUGUAAUUCAAAAUCGCAGGCGUAUGGAUCAAAUAUUUUUAAAUUAAACAGCGGAUCCCAGUAACCUUUUGCUCCAGUAACUGAUACGGGAUCUUUGAUCUUGAUGUUAAUUGAAGUACCAAUGAAAUAAGUCGAGUAUUAAUACACGUCAGUGUAGCAAAUGAAUCAUUCCUUCCAUGGGAUAAUACAGUAAUUUAAAUAUAAUAAUUAUUUUUUUAAUAACAAAUAAUUUAAAAAUCACCGGUUGCCAAUAGCACAAGUACAAGAAGCACAAUGAGUACAAGUGAUAAUGGUACUGACUCUGAGACUGGAUGGCAGGAGUGUGCCAGCUGGUUAACAAGAUGUGGAGCUCUUAGAGCUGAUCACAAAGCCAACUGGCCGACAGCGACUGCAUUUGACUUAGCAUACACCCUAAGAGACGGGGUAUUGCUCUGUAAUUUAUUAAAUUUAAUUGACCCAGGAUGCAUCGACAUCAAGGACGUCAGCCAAAAACCACAGAUGGCACAAUUUUUGUGCCUAAGAAACAUAAAAUUAUUUUUAACAGUCUGUUCCUCGACCUUUGGUCUAUCGGACUCUGACCUUUUUGAACCCACGGUGUUGUUUGAUUUGUCAAACUUUCAUCAAGUUCUUUGCACACUAUCUGCACUAUCGCACUCGCCGAGAUUUCGUCGUAAAAGCAUUCCAGGAUUUACUAUUGGGCGUGAUCAUUCGCAGGAGGAAGCAUACAAAGACCUACAGAGUGCUGGAGUUGGUCGUGAGACUGAGGGUCGCAGGCGAAGAUCGCGGAGACGAGAAGGUGACGAGGCAGGCGGGGGAGGAAGAGAUGACAUUGAGGAUCCAGUUGGCCAGGAAGAGGACGGCUACGGGGCCUUUUGUAGUCACGCACAAAGCGAAGAGAUCUACCAUGACCUUUGUAGUCUGCACCUGCCGCCUCCUCCGAGUGCUGCGCAGGGAGGAACUAUUCCAGGUGGAGAAAAAAGAGAUUACGUUAUCCAAGAGCUCGUUGAAACCGAGCGUAAUUAUUCCGAAGUAUUAAAUAGUCUUCUACGACACUUUGCUCGUCCAUUAUCAUCACUACUGCGUCCAAAAGACGCGGCGAUAAUAUUUUUCGGUAUAAAAGAUUUGUCUGAAAUUCAUGCCGGUGUUCAUAGUCAAUUACGUAAAGCGCGUAAUGGUGCUUCAAUUGCUCAAGUAUUUCUCGAUUGGCGAGAGAAGUUUCUUAUUUACGGUGACUACUGCGCUAAUCUCACGGUGGCCCAGAACACCCUGCAAGAGGCCUGUUCCCGCAAUGAAUUAGUCAACCAGGAAGUCAUUCGUUGCCAGCAAGAAGCCAACAAUGGAAAAUUCAAACUUCGCGACAUUCUGUCAGUGCCGAUGCAACGGGUGUUGAAAUAUCACUUGUUGUUGGACAAACUUGUUGAAGAGACUCCACGUGACCUGGCUGAAGACUUGCGUCAGUUAGGCAAAGCCAGGGAGGUGAUGGUAGACGUGGCUCAAUAUAUUAAUGAAGUUAAACGUGACUCCGAUACGCUCGAUAUUAUCAAAGACAUUCAAGCGUCAAUUGUUGACUGGGACAUGAGUGAUGGAACCCAACUCAAAGACUUCGGUCGGCUGUUAAGAGACGGAGAGCUCAAAGUUAAAGCACAUGGAGAUCAAAGAGUUAAAGCUCGUUACGCCUUUGUAUUUGAACAGGCUGUGUUGCUGUGCAAAGCCGGCCGAGGAGAUCAAUAUUGCUAUCGAGAAACACUUCGACUUGAUGAUUAUCGGUUGGAAGACCACAUAGGGAGGAGAAUUCUCGGACGGGAUUCCCGGUGGUCAUAUCAGUGGCUGUUGGUUCACAAGCAAGCCUACACUGCGUACACACUCUACGCCCGGACGGACGACCAGAAGCAGAUGUGGAUGAAAGCUCUCCAGGACGCUAUGGACAAUGUAAAUCCUGCUGCGUGUCGUGUUACCAAUCACAAGUUCCGGUUGAUGACAUUCGAGACUGCAAGAAGUUGUCAGCGCUGUGGAAAAUUUCUCAAAGGCCGCAUUUUCCAAGGAUACAGUUGCGAUGUAUGUCGUUUGUCAGUACACAAACAAUGCAUAUCAUAUUCCGGACGUUGUAUGCCGGUUCCUCCCACGCCACCACUACCUCCCCCUCUACCGUGUGACCGUGCACUCUCGGUGAAGCUGUGGUUUGUGGGUGAAAUGGGAAGAGACGCGGCUGCACACAAACUUGAGGCCAGAGAAGAUGGAACGUAUAUGCUACGGGUGCGACCCGCUGGGCAGCCUCGAUUAAAACACGAAACUAAUUACGCCUUGAGUAUCAAAACCGAAGGGGCCGUCAAACAUAUUAGGGUCUUCAAACGUGACGUUGACGGCACAGAACUUUACUACCUGAGCGAAUCCCGGUUUUUUAAAAGCGUCGUCGAGCUUGUCGAGUACUACGAGCGCGCGUCGUUGUCUGAGAACUUUGAAAACCUGGACCAGCGACUGCUGUGGCCAUUUAGACGCGUGUUGGCCAAAGCGUUGUUUGAUUUCCGUGCAGGAGAACGAAAUCAACUGACACUGAGACGCGGAUGUCGCGUUGUCGUACUCAGCAAAGAAGGCGACGCAAAAGGCUGGUGGAAGGGUAAAAUAAAUGACCAGGUUGGAUUCUUUCCAAAAGAAUACGUCGAGGAAGAAUAACCUACGGGUAUAAUAAAUAAUUAUAUUAUAAAAUAUAGUUCUUCCAAGUCAACUUGAUUGCACGGCUUCUUAAUUAAUGAAAUAUAAAUAAUUAUUAUUAAUUAUAAAUUAAAUAAAUAAAUAAAUUAGGCAAGCACUCAUCCAAAGAAAUACGCGAUGACAUAAUAUGUCUUUGUGCAAUCGCAUUUAAUCACUGUUGAAACUAGUCCUUGGACAGACAGUUAACGUUUUAAAAGCGUAGAUUAAAUUUUAAAUUUUUUAAAUACUUUAUUUAGCACAAUUAUCAACGGACAAUUACCAUGUGCGCUAUGUCGCCCAUUAAAUACAGUCGGACUUCGUUAUAAGACCGCGUUAUAAAACUCACCCUCAAUUUGUUAAAACUUUUGGAACGUUUCCCCCACCAGCAGCUCAAUGAAAAUUUUGCGCCGUACUCUCGCUAUAAGACUAACGAACGACGACUAAAAUCAAGAUAAAAUAUACAUAUGCAUAUACAUAUAGAUUGUAGAUUAAGUAAUUUAUUUUCAUAACGAAUACUUACAAUUUCGUGGUUUCACAUAAUGAAUUAAGAGAAAAGAAAAACAAAAUACUGUUUAUUCAUAAUUACACAGCUCGCUCAGCAAGUUUCUGCAGUGCAAGUUGAUGCAAAUCAACUGCCGUCAUCUGAAUAUAAUUUCAGGGUGGCCACGAACCGGGAAUAUCGAGAAUUAUCAGGGAAUUUAAUGCAACCGGGAAAUAUCAUAGAAGUGUCAGGGAAUUUCGAAAAGUAUCCGGGAAUUAAAUUGUAACAGUUCAAAAUUUAAAAAAUUUUCAAUUAUACACUAGUUAUAAAAAUUAAGGGAUAUUAAAAAAAUUUCAAAUUUUAAAGUGAUUUUCAACAGAUUGUAACUUGAAGGAAAAUGAUCAUACGACAAAAACAAAAAAGGCAAAUUGUAGCUUCAAGUGUCUAGUUUUCUGAUCUGGUCUUUAUAUUUUUUUAUUAUGUGCGGUUCCGGAGUAAUCCUAAGAAAACUAUCGAAAAAGAAAUUUACCAAAUUUUUGCUCGUCUUAAAAAAGGUUUUCGAGCUUCAAUAAAUUUUUUUUGAUAAUUAUGAUUGAUUUUUGAUUGCUCCGGAACCGUGUAUAAUAAGAAAUUUAACGACCCAGAUCAGAAAACUAGACACUUGAAACUACAGUUUGACUUUUUGUUUUUAUUGUACGACCGUUUUCCUUCGAGUUACAAAAUGUUAAAAAUUACUAAAAAAUUCGAAAUUUUUUUAAUAUCCCUUAAUUUUUGUAACUAGUGUAUUUUGAAUUUAUUUAAAUCAUAAAAUUUAUUAUUAAAUAUUUUAACUUAUACAUUUUUAACAUCGAAUAAUCAAAAGUAGGCAAUAUUAAUUUAUUUUAUUGCCCAUUUUUUCUGGUUUCUCGCAUAAUUUAAUUAUCAAAUUUAAUUAUUAAAAAUGAAAAUAUAAUAAAAACUUUGAAAUCUAAAUGAUACGAAUAAAAUGUCUAAAUCAGGGAAAAAUGUAAAAAACUUUACUGGAAAACCAGGAAAUAUGAAGGAAUUUUGAAAUAAUUUCUUUGUGGCCACCCUGAAUUUGACAGAAAAACGUCGUCAAUUUGAAUUGAAAUUUUCAAUCAACUUAACGUCAUUAUGACAGUAACAUUUUAAGUAAAAUUGAAUUCCAGUUACAGCCAAUCUACUGUCAACUUAACCCCAACUUUUUGCUGUUAAGUUGACUUCAAGUAGCUUCGUCAACUUGCGGUUAUGGUGACUAUCAAGGUAGUCUUAUAGCGAGACUUCAAUGCAAACACUGUUAAGCACAAUAGUGGAGGAACGUCAAUUCUAAGAAUUUUUUUCCCUACAGCUCCGAGCUGGUCUUAUAACGAGGUCCAGCUGUGAGUUGUUAAAUAUCCAGCAUUAAAUCCGAAGCAAUGGGCUGUUAAAUAAAUUGUUAAACUCAUUCUCGCUUGGAAUUGAGACUGCUUGAAAAAAAAUGCUUUUAUGUACUAAAAAAAAUUAAAUCAAGGCUUUAAUUGCCUAUAUAUAUUUAUCACUAUAUUUACAUAAAAAAAUACAAAUCGAUUGUUAUUCUUGAAAAAAAAAAAAAAUAUAUAUAUAUAUAUACACAUAUAUCUGAUAUUUUUUAAUGAUAAGACGUAUUGUCCAAUCGUGCCAAUAAAAAAACUAAAUGUAUAUAUUUGAUUUGUUGUAAAAAAUAUAAUAUUAUCUUUCUUGAAAAA